GAUGCAUAAAAUAUGGUUAUCGUUGACGGAAAAUAUGAGGUGCAGUGGAAACAUAAUUACCGAUGUGAUUGGUCAGCCAGAAAGAUGCAGAAAGAAAACAAUGAGGUUGGCUUUGGCAAAGGAGAAGAAGAAGUUGGACAGUGAGCAGGUUGUUCAUCUUCGAGGCAACCCAGCUCGCAAUCUCAGUUACCGGGAAAACUACAUACCAAUAUGGUUUAAUGAGCUGGACCCUGAAGACAUAUCAAGGAAAGUGGUAGAGAUGAUCGUCCAAAAAACAUCAAUGGAGGCCUCAAAGCCAUCAAGAAGCAGGAUCAAAAGUGUAAUAAGGAUACAUUAUCCUAUUCAAAUGAUUGAAAGGUUUGAGAAGUACAGAGAGAAGGUAAAGAUUAUGGCAUAUGAGAGAUACAAAAGGCACCUGAGAAGCACAGUAGAUGGAAACGAGCUGUUAAGAUUCUAUCCCACAACCAUGGCGUGUUACUCUGGAAAUUACUCAAACCGGAUUAUCUCUCAAUAUGGUCUUUGCAGAGAUCCCAAGUGUAGAGUGUGCACUAUACUUGGAUGUAAUUUUCAAAUGGAAAACAUGCUGAAGAAUGGGAUUCCAUUGAGUAGAUACAGUGAUCAUCAGGUAUUCAUGAGGGAUGAUGAUGAUGAAAAUACGAUAAGGAAUAUUACAAGGUCGUCUGCGAAGAAGAAGAACAUAAGAAGGGCGGUGAUACUUUGCAGGACAAUUGCAGGGAUCAUAGCCAACACUGUUAAUGGUGGUGGUGACAAUCUCAAUAAUGAAUCUUUUUCGGUUCAUGAUAACACUUCAGAUUGGUUGACAGUCCCAAAUCCUAGUGCUCUACUUCCUUGUUUUGUUGUAGUAUAUAAACUAAUUAGCAAGUUAAAAGAGAGGUGUGGGUGUGUGGAAUCACAAACACCAAAUUGGACUUUACAGUCACAUUGUGGCCCAGAUCUCCUCCGGAGCUCCAAUCUUAAUGUGUAA